CUGCGGGGCCGCCAGGAGCCGCGGCGCUGAGGGCAGCGAUCGGAGGCGGGCCGCCAUGGGGGUUGAGGCCGCGCCGUGAGGGGCUGAGCCAGCGGCAGGCGCCAUGGCUCUGGGCAGCAGGGCGGCCUUGUGGUGGGCCCGACUGCUUGGUCCCGGCCCCGCUGCCGCCCUGCGGGGUCCUCCGGUGUGGCUAGCCGCGGGGAUUGUGGCGUGCCGGCGGCCCUAUAGCUCCGGCGGCAAGGAAAAAAUAGAUAUGUCAACAUAUCCUGUGGAAAGCAUAAGAAACUUCAGUAUUAUAGCUCACGUAGACCAUGGCAAAAGUACACUAGCAGACAGACUGCUGGAAAUUACAGGAACGAUUGCUAAAACUGACCGUAAUAAACAAGUGCUGGAUAAGUUGCAAGUGGAACGUGAAAGGGGAAUUACAGUUAAAGCACAAUCUGCAUCUCUCUUUUACAAUCAUGAAGGAGUAAACUACCUCUUAAACCUUAUUGACACGCCAGGCCAUGUAGAUUUCAACUAUGAAGUAUCCCGGUCACUGUCUGCCUGUCAAGGUGUUAUACUUGUAGUGGAUGCAAAUGAGGGUAUUCAAGCUCAGACGGUGGCAAACUUCUAUCUUGCUUUUGAAGCACAACUUGCAAUAAUUCCUGUCAUAAACAAGAUUGAUUUGAAGAAUGCAGACCCUGAAAGAGUUGAAAAACAAAUUGAGAAACUGUUCGAUAUCCCUGUUAAUGAAUGCAUAAGGAUUUCUGCUAAACAAGGGACAAACAUUGAAAAAGUUCUUGAAAAGGUCAUUGAGAAGAUUCCACCACCCCAUUUUAAUACUACUGAUCCGUUGAAAGCUUUAGUAUUUGAUUCCACCUUUGACCAUUACCGAGGUGUCAUAGCUAACAUUGCUCUCUUUGGCGGAGAGAUUCAGAAAGGGCAUAAAAUUGUUUCUGCACACACAAAGAAAAGAUAUGAAGUUAAUGAAGUAGGAAUUCUGACUCCAAAUGAACAGCCAACAGAUAAACUAUAUGCAGGACAGGUGGGCUACCUGAUUGCUGGAAUGAAAGAAGUAACAGAAGCCCAAAUAGGAGACACACUGUUUAUGCAUAAACAGCCAGUGGAGCCUUUGCCUGGCUUUAAGUCAGCGAAGCCAAUGGUUUUUGCAGGAAUGUAUCCUGCAGAUCAAACAGAGUAUAAUAAUCUAAAGAGUGCUUUGGAAAGGCUGACAUUGAAUGAUUCCAGUGUGACAGUUCAUCGUGACAGUAGCCUUGCCUUAGGAGCUGGAUGGAGAUUGGGUUUUCUUGGUCUUUUACAUAUGGAAGUUUUUAAUCAACGUUUGGAGCAAGAAUAUAAUAUGUCUGUUAUUUUGACUGCACCUACUGUCCCAUAUAAAGCUAUUCUUUCUUCAGCAAAGUUGAUAAAGGAGUAUGGUAAAGCAGAGAUUACCAUUAUCAGCCCUGCUCAGUUUCCUGAUAAACUUUCAGUAUCUGAAUAUUUGGAGCCAACUGUUCUUGGUACUAUUGUAACGCCUCAAGAAUAUAUUGGGAAAAUAAUUGUUUUGUGUCAGGACCGUAGAGCAGUCCAGAAAGAUAUGCUGUAUAUUGAUGAACACAGGGUUAUGCUAAAAUACCUCUUUCCACUGAAUGAAAUUGUGGUGGAUUUUUAUGAUGCUCUUAAGUCUCUGUCUUCUGGUUAUGCAAGUUUUGAUUAUGAAGAUGCAGGAUACCAGGCAGCAGACCUUAUCAAAAUGGAUAUUCUUCUAAAUGGAAAUCCAGUUGAAGAACUGGCAACUAUCAUACACAGUGAUAAAGCUUACACUACUGGUAAAUUCCUGUGCGAACGUUUAAAGGAUGCUAUACCUAGACAAUUGUUUGAAAUAGCCAUUCAGGCUGCUAUUGGCAAGAAAAUAAUUGCAAGAGAAACACUGAAAGCUUACAGAAAAAAUGUUGUGGCAAAAUGUUAUGGUGGAGACAUUACAAGAAGAAUGAAGCUUUUAAAAAGGCAGGCAGAGGGGAAGAAGUUAAUGAGGAAAAUUGGCAAUGUGGAAGUACCAAGAGAUGCCUUUAUACGUGUUUUAAAGAGACAGCCUGACAAAUAGAUCACUGACAUGCAGCUGAUUAUUGUUUUCUUACAGACAUCAGCAUACUUGAAUUAAUAGGUAAUUUAUCACUGAGUGAUUAACUUUUAUAAUUUGCCUUAAAAUGAUGUAAAUGUAAAUAUAUAUGGGAACAUAAGCUUUGUACUUAACAUAUUCAGACUGUUGUAGAUUAUCAUGAAGUUAGUUUCAUUUUACUUCAUUGAAUCUAAAAAUUAUAAUUGUACCUUCACCCAAGUUUGAUACUCUUUAAUACUUGCCUUUGUAUGAUAAAACAGGAAAAAUGUGGCAAAAAGUUUGUUUAAAAUAAUUUAAAGGUAGGGAUUUAAAAAAAAAAAUGUUGCCACAAAAAUACCAUGUUACUUCUUUUACUUGCUAAAGUUGCUCUUUUCAGGAGAUCACAGCAAUAAAAGCUACUUAUAGCUUUCUCCAAUAAUACUGAUUCAGGCCUUAAAGACUUCCUUCUGGACAUGUCCUAAUAAAAUGUUCAUGCUAGU